AUGAAUCAUACCUGUGCUGUUCUCUCUGUGGCGGCAUCUCUUCUUGGGUCUCUUCUCUUCGGACUAUGUUUGGGGUUCUCCGGUCCCGCCAUUGACACUAUGAAGAACGAUGUUACUACCCCGGAUGGAACACUUAUCGAAAUUGGCGAAGGAUCGUCAUUUUUCGUAUUCCGCACCGCCACCGAAGCCUCUCUGUUUGGUUCAAUGCUCAACAUCGGUGCCAUGGUGGGAGCACUGGGUGGAGGGCCUCUGAAUGAGAAGAUCGGUCGCAGGUGGAGUCUCAUUGGAGUGUCUCCUCUCUUCGCGUUGCCUUGGCUUUGGGUUGCUCUGGCCACAACGGCUUGGCAACUGAUUGUCGCCCGUGUCAUUAUGGGCAUCGCGCUCGGCAUGAGCUCCUUCACCGUGCCCACUUACAUUGGGGAAGUCUCUCCUACUAAGUAUCGUGGAUUGCUGGGAGCAUGCAAUCAAGUGGCCAUUACCGUUGGUAUUCUCCUGGCGUAUGUCCUGGGAUUGGCACUACGAACUAAAGCAGGAUCAGUCGAUCCCAACGCCACUGCGACUACCUUCUGCGAAUGGCGUCAGCUGAGUUUCAUAUACAUCAUCCCCUCCGCACUUCUAGGCAUAGCAAUGUUCUUUGCACCAGAGUCUCCACGGUGGCUCGCUUCAAAGUGCAGAGACACAGAAGCGAAGGCAGUGCUUAUAAAGCUGCGUGGAGCUGACGAGAAUGACCCACACGUUAAGGCUGAACUGGCCGCCUUGGACGCCCUACACACGAAGAGAUAUGUUCAAGGAAAGGACUCCAUUAAGCAAAACUUGAGGGCUCUUAGUGAGUGUAAAAUGCAACUCUUCAUUGGAGUCAUGCUACAAGUCUUGCAGCAGUUCGCAGGUGUGAAUGGUAUCAUUUUCUAUCAGACUUCUAUUUUCCAAGCUGCAGGAAUCGACAACAGAGAUGUGGUAUCGUUGUCGGUCAUGGCUGUGCAGGUCGGUGUGACGCUAAUUGGUGCUCUCAUUAUCGAAAAAGCGGGUCGACGAUUACUCCUUAUUUCGGCUGCCUCGGGUAUGUGUAUCAGUGCAAUUCUGGAAGGUCUAUUUUUCUACUUGAGAGACUCAGUUGGCAAUCAAAACGUUGGAUGGUUGGCAAUCGUUGCGGCGUUCGGCUACAUCGCGACAUUCUCUCUUGGUGUCGGCGGUAUACCGUGGUUAAUUCUCGCGGAGCUCUUCCCUGAUGAAGUCAGAGGAGUAGCUUCUUCAAUCGCCACCGUGAUCAACUGGCUUUGUAGCUUCCUAGUCACUGAACUCAUGGAAUCGAUGACUAGGACUCUUACUUUCUAUGGAACAUUCUGGUUCUUCGCUGGAGUAUCUCUCAUGUUGGCCUUGUUCGUGGUAUUCUUGGUGCCUGAAACUAAAGGAAGGACCUUCGAGGAGAUUCAGGCAUACUUUCAGCGUAGGUAUCAUUUCGAUCACGGUAGUCACUCUUCAGCCUAGGCUUCUUGCCGAACGCUUUCCAUGGAACUUAUUGCAGAAAUGAUCGGGUAUUCAGUCCUUUUUUUCCGGAAAACUAGAGACUCAUUGUCUCCAUGUUAGUCAUGAAUUGUUCUUUGAGAACAUUCAUAGUAUUAAGAGAGGUCAGCAAAGUCACAGAUAGAGCUAUAGUAUUGUCGUCAUAAUUUUCCAUCUUAGCUUGAGCUCAUGUUUCUUACUGUUGACUCGACGGUAUUUAGUACCAGUAUCAUUUUGAAGCGAACGAAUCCCGACAAUCUACUUGAUAUAUCCCCUGAGUGGGCCUACUAGCUACCUCAGAUGAAGCUCUGUUACCAUAUAAGACUUCGCUUUGACUUCGUUUGCUCUCUGGGUGCCAGGAUAGCUCUUUUUGAAUACGCU